CACACACACACUCGCACACUCAAAAAAAAAAGAAAAAAAUAUUUUUUUAAAAACGCUGUAAGAUUGCUAUUGAAAAAGGUACUUUACCCUUUCCUCUUCCUUUUUGUUAGUCACUUCACCAUUUCGUUUCCUUAUUUUCACGACGACAAAAUCUAACACGGCCGUUUACCCCUAUCUAUCCCCAGUCAAGAUGGUAGCCAAGGACGUUGUGGCGGAGAUCGGCAUGAGCCCUAGCAACAACCUCAAGGUGGAGUGUGCCGCCUCCAAGGCGUGGGGCUGGACCUACAUGUCCAUUUCCAGAUACGAGGGCGAUAGUGACUUCUCUCUCGAGUUCCUGGGCGGUGUGGAGAAGCGAGACGAGUGGCCAUUCAUCCCGAUCGACUCGCGCAUGUCUGACUUCACCCUCCACCGAGACGAUGAACAAGUCACCCUGGCCCUGGAGACCAAGUACGCAAUGUGUGAGGACAAGGGGCGGUACCUGUGUGAGGCGAUCGUCAACAGGACAAUCUUCAGUAAAACCUUCAACGUCGACGUCAAAAAGAAGCCUGAGCCGCCCAAACUAAGCUUCCCGGAAGACAUUUUCGACGGCGACACCAUCUGGAUGACAACUACGUGGGACGCGGGGAACCCCCUGCUGGGGCAUAUCGUGCAUGAGGUCAUUAAAGGUUACAAAGGAAAUAUUUGCAAAGGAAAGUACAAUCAGAAGGUGGCUCACCCAUACACCUGCUCCAAAUACAUCACGUGCUUCCGACGUCCCAGAGUGACUAAGUGCGGAUAUUUCCAAUGCUUCAACGACAAGUCAAAGACAUGUCAACAUAUAACUUUGGAAUAACGACACGCGCAACUGUUACGACGACAACACAAGAGAGUCUGUUCCCUUUCACGGUCCUUCGAUCACUGAGCAUUCAGUGAGAGAGAACGCUCAUUCAAGUUUACACAAUGCUGAUUUUCUUUUUCGUCUGACUAUUUCGGAAAAGUUUCAGGUUGGAAACGGUCACCCAUACUAUCAGCAACGGCGAUGUUUUUGCCAGUAUUACAGGGUGCCAGUGGAAGUGGUUACCCUUCUUUGAUAAAAGAGAACAUGGCAUUUUAUGUCGAGAACUAUUUUUCUCGUUCUUCUAGGUUAUCAUAAUUUUCUGUCAGCGGAGUAUCCUGACGGAACUGUCCGAGGUCUUUCAAGAAUUUGAGAUGACCGACAUGGUGUCUACUACGGAGCUGAUCUGAACAACAGAUAGUUCUUCGAUAUUACUAAACUACAGUUUCGUCGUUACCGAAAUACACUUACAUUGAUUGGACUUUAUGUACAUUGUUUUGGAAUGUCCCCCUCGUCUGCUAUACCCCACACUCCGCCUCGGGAAAAUGACAAAGUUGAAGUGACGAGGCAUAUCACGGAAGGUGCAUUACAUAAUCGGAGCCAUGAAGUGAGAGAAAAGGGCACAUUUUUCUUUUCAGUAAAGGAAAUCAAUUCGAUUGAUCUUGUGAGAAACAAUAAAGUAAGUUAAAAUACCACAGGUGACAUGGCUUACGGACAGUGUACAUUUGUCCAAUACGUUGGAUCGGAUCGGAUCGGCUCGGGAAGAAAGUGCACAAGGUUAUACUGUAUGUCUGAUUUGCUCCAGUCGCACUGACGUCAAACGGACAACGCUGUGACCACUCUGUUGUAGUGGGAGAGGUGACAGAGACAGGGCAUACAAACAGUUGGCUUUCAGCUGGAAUUCGAUCAGCUACAAUUCUGACUUCUGUUUGACACGAGUUGUCCUCCUGAUUGGUUGUUACCAUAAUGUGACUUUUGAAAAAUUCGCUAACG